AUGCAGCCAGUCAACAACCCAUCGGAAAGUAAUGGGAAGCGCAAGCGCACAGUGCCCUCUAGCGUAGAAGAAGAGGAUGAAGUGAUCUACACUGACACUGACUCCAAGAACACUGACUCCGGCGAGGAGGAGAACAGUCCGCCUGUCACCAAGGUUUACAUCACACACCAUCGCAGCGGGCAGGACGAGGAAGAGCCCUUACCAUCACAGACACAGUCGUCCAAGGUUCCCUCCAAGACCACGUCUGGUAGCGGCGCUGCGACAUCUCCAAGGAAGGUCAGCACCACCAAAGGCACAACGGCGAAGGAUCCCGUAAGGUAA